AUGAGUGUGGCCGCUGAGUUGCACCUGGACACGGGCGAGGACGUGGUCCACCCGACUACACUGUCGCCUGAUGACCUGAUGCUAUCAAGAGCUUGCAAGCAGCCUGACACCCUCACUACCCUAGAAAACGCAAAGGCAAAACAUAUGGAUCACAGCAAGAACUGCGACCAUGGCCUGGCAGAGAUCGAAGCGCUGCUGCGUCGGGAGCAGGAGCUCGUGACGCAGCUCCGAGCGCUCAUCCUUCCACAACUCCACAACGUGGAUAGCGGGUCGGCCGAGCUCGCCGCCCAGCUCUUCGACGACGUGAUCGGCUGCAGCACCAGCGUCGUAUCUAAGCUCUUCACUGCUGGAAGUGGAGCGACCAUCGAGCUCAUCGACGACAAGUCCUUAGUGAGGAAGAAAAGUCCUAGUACUGCUGCUGUUGCUGCUGCUGCUGCUAUCGAUGACAAGAUGGACGAACAGGCGAAGCCUAGCUGCAUCGUUGGUCGAAAGAGAAGGAGGAACGACGGCAAGCGAUCAAGAUCACUCGUGACCAAUGUUCCGCAUUAUGAUGGUCACCAGUGGAGAAAAUAUGGGCAGAAGAACAUCAACGGAAGGCAACAUGCUAGGAGCUACUACAGAUGCACCUACACAGAACGGAACUGCUCAGCAACUAAGACAGUUCAGCAACAAGAUCAAGAUGGCGGCGGUUCUAUUUAUUCCGCAGACGCUGGUGAGGAUCAGGGUGCAAAGUACACUGUCGUGUACUACGGUGAUCACACAUGCAAGGCCGGCGACAACAUCAGUAACAACAUUAUCGAUCAUCUGCCCAAUCUUGUAGAUAUAGAUCUUCGGAGGGGUGAAACAGAGCGAGUAACGGCAGAAAUUUCAGAGUUCGACAUGGAAUUAGAUGUGCCGGCUCUGCUAGAGGUGUUCAACAAUUCUCAGCUGAAUUGGGAGAUCGUAUGCUAGCCAGUUAGUAGACAUAUUUGUUUAACUUAAGCAUG